UUUUGACAGGAAAGAAAAACGAAACCCAUCUACCAUCACGAUGUGCUCUACAUUUAAAACUGUGCAGGACAUUUCUCGUCGACCAUCAACAACGACGACCUCAAAGUCUUGGAUCUCAUCUUUCUCCACAAUACUGGCGGUUUCUAUGAUUGUUGCAGCUAUUGCAAUAGGGGUAUGCUUAAAUAUCUUCAAGCAACAAAAACAAGAUUUUGAUGAUGUGUAUCAGACAGGCGAACCGCUCCGGAUUCUUCUGGUUGGAAAAACAGGAGUGGGGAAAAGUGCAACUGGCAACACUAUACUGGGACAAAAGCUUUUUGAAUCAGAGAUAUCCUCCUCCUCUGUGACUGGGCAUUGUGAAAAGUUUCAUGCAACUAUAAAUGGCAGAAAAGUAUCUGUCAUUGACUCUCCGGGUCUGUUUGACACCAGCCUAACUACAGCUGAGGUGGUCAACAGAAUUAAACUCUGUAUUCCACUCUCUGCUCCUGGUCCACAUGUCUUCUUAGUUGUGAUUCAGCUGGGCAGAUUCACAGAUGAAGAGGCAAAAACUGUUAAAAUCAUUCAAGCAGUUUUUGGUGAGGAAUCCUCCACAUACACCAUGGCACUGUUCACUCAUGGAGAUCGAUUGGAGGACAAGAACAUUCACAGAUUUGUGCGGGACAGUCCAGAACUGCUCAGAUUCAUCAGAACUUGCAGUGGACGAUACCACGUGUUCAACAAUAAAGAACAAAAUCCUGAACAGGUCAUUCAGUUGCUUGACCAGAUUGAUAAAAUGGUCACUGGAAAUGGUGGACAGCAUUACACCAGUGAGAUGCUUGAAAGGGUAGAGAGAGCGAUUGAGAAAGAGAAACAACGUAUCCUGAAGGAGGGAGAGGAGCAGAGACGGAGGGAAAUUCAAGCUCUGAGGGCUGAACUUGAGGACGAGGCCUAUGAAAAAGCAUUAAAAAAGUUAAACAAUGAAUAUGAGCAGCGUGCAAGAUACCAAGCUGAGAUAGACCUUCCAUUCAUAAUCAAUGUGGUUACUUCUUUGAUUAAAGCAUUAAGCAAGUUCUUCUUUUGAUCACCUUUCGAAAUGACCCACACGGAAAAAUGACCACAUGUUACUUAAAUAGGCAUUUGAAACCUCACCAUUUAAAGUUUGUA